AUAACCACGUUCGAUUUCGCGAGAGACAUUUCGGCGAAUAGUGGUUUCUCAAGAGAAUCCAAAAAAGGAUGGAUGCGAUCCAGACGUGGGCAAUGCGUCCCCAGCAAACGAUCGGCGCCAAGGGAGAAGGGCCGAAAUGCCAGAACGCGCCCAGGGACCUUUUUUCUCUGCUACGUUAUCUCGCCCAGACCGCGCUGUUCAACUCAACACCGUUCCAAACAAAACCUGAAGCCCAACGGCCAGCUUGUCCUGUAACAUCAGCGAUCAAACUUCACAGACUUAAAACGACGUGCCAGGCGAUUCCAUUAUCAUGGCCCAAUAAUGCCUACGCUAAGCUUUUCGAAGUGUUCCCAGAUUCACCCUAUGCAUUCACAAGACCAUAGACUUCGACAGUAUAACCUUGGUGGCGGCUCCAGCUGCCAGCGCAGCAGGCAUUCUAGGAUCAGGUCUUGCCGUCUCAAAAAAUCCACAUACUCACCAUGGCGGCCUUUCUCUCACCACUAAAAACACGUCUGAAGUUGUUUCGACGCUUCGGACGAAAAGCUCGUAGUUAUCUACCGGAACUGAACUUUAUUACGUUGCACUACUUGUACUUCAUCGUGACGACCCUGGUGUCAGCUGGUAUCAUUUAUGGCUCGUCUACGCCGUCCCACAGCGUCCAGUUCGUCGACGCUCUGUUUUUGGCCGUUUCGGCUAUGACCGAGGCUGGCCUAAACACUAUAAAUCUGUCCACUUUGAACACAUUUCAGCAGGUCGUGCUGUUUUUUCUGAUCAUCGCUGGCUCUGCCAUCUUUGUGUCUGCAUUUGUGGUGCAUAUUCGUCGACGGGCGUUUGAGAAGGUUUUCCAGAACCUGCUUGAGCAUGAAAGGACCCCCAGCCAUAUUAUCGAUGAGACUGUUCAGGCUCAGCAAGAAUCACGAGAUCAAGACGCUGUACAACCCACAGUCCCGGAAGAUGAUGUUCUACGAAACACCGAUAACCAGGGAUCGGCACUUGGUCUUCCCCUGAGAGAGUUCAGGUCUGCGCCGGGACUAGCGCUGAAUCUUGAUGGUUCACAGGAGACGAAACCAACGGACCUUUCCACCAGGGCAGAUGACGCUACUCUUGUACGUCAUUCACUAUCUGUUGAGAGGACGUUGGACGGCGCACGGCACGACCAUAUCUCCUUCGGCGCUGACACCCGCUUCCAUCAUGACUCUGGCUCUCAAAUUCGUAGAGUGCUGACAUUCUCUGGAGUGGGAGCCAGACCACCAAGCAGGACUCGCAGCCCUUUGACUAUGCAUAGCGAUGUUCGUCUCAAAUUCCAUCACUCGAUACAUCGUCAUGAAAAUCGCGAUCUGGCCUCAGCCGCCUCUGUUUCUAGGAACUCUACAUUCCAUCACCUCACUGAAGCUGAUCGUCUACGGCUUGGAGGUAAAGAGUAUCGGGCUGUCACAUUUCUUAGCUGGGUUGUGCCCAUUUACUUCUUCUCGUGGCAGCUAUUGGGAUGUCUGGGGCUUGGAGCUUACGUCAGUAACAACUACGCAAGCACGACACGAGUCAAUGGGUUGAAUCCAUGGUGGGUUGGGGUCUUCAAUGCAGUGUCUGCGUUUAACAAUUCUGGAAUGAGUUUACUUGACGCAAAUAUGACGGUCUUCAAUAGAGCCAUCUAUAUGCUGCUUACGAUGGGACUUCUCAUUCUAGCUGGAAACACAUGCUUCCCUGUCUUCUUGCGGUUAAUCGUCUGGUCUUUCUACAAACUCCUUCCAAAGGCCCAAAAAUGGGAUGAAUUCCGCGGCACGCUAAAGUUUUUACUCGAUCAUCCUCGACGAUGCUACACAAACAUGUUUCCAUCUGAACAUACAUGGUGGCUUUUUCUUAGCGUCAUCAUUCUUAACGGGAUUGAUUGUGCAGCUUUUGCAAUCCUCAAUAUUGGUAAUAACGCCAUCGACGACCUUCCGCCAGGGAUCGAGUUCAUCGACGGACUGUUCCAGGCCUUCGCUGUCCGCUCUGGUGGAUUUUACGUUGUCCCAAUCUCAACAGUACGCAUCAGCCUACAGGUUCUGUACGUGAUUAUGAUGUACAUCUCGGCGUUUCCUGUGGCGAUAACGAUACGCAACUCAAACGUCUACGAAGAACGAAGCCUAGGCAUAUAUUCCGACGACCCCGGAUAUGAGGCCUACGAGAUUGAACGUAAAACAGCCAAAAGUUGGAUUUUGAGGCGAUUCGGCUGGAGCAGAGGGCCAGAACACAAGCAAUACUUCUUACAACAGCAGCUUCGUGCACAGCUCGCGCAUGAUCUUUGGUGGCUCGCACUUGCCGUCUUCUUCAUCAUGGUUGUCGAAGGCUCGCAAUUUCAGGAGGAUCCUGGGGUAUUUUCAGUCUUCAACGUCCUCUUCGAGGUUGUUUCAGGAUACGGAACGGUGGGCAUCUCGGUCGGCCUGCCGAAUCAGGCGUAUAGUUUUUGUGGUUCUUGGCACGCGCUCUCCAAAUUGAUACUUUGCGCUGUGAUGUUGAGAGGGCGUCAUCGCGGCUUGCCCGUCGCUAUCGACAAGGCUGUUUUAUUGCCAAAUGAACGCUUGCACGAACUAGAAGAGGAAGACGCACACAUUCGGGCCGAUAGGAGGUCUUUCGUAUAACCAUCAAAAUCGCGUUUUGCUGUAGUUUAGAGUUGCCGCAUUUUCGUCCGAUACAUGCCCGAUUUUGCAGUUUCACUCAGCUUAGCUUCCAAAUUCAAUCCACUCCACUCGCGCUAAAUCAA